CUCAGUGAAUGUAUUUAUUUCCCAGUGACUGCCCUUCAAUUCUGGUCACCCUGCUAUCUUAUAAACCUCCCAUGAGGUUUCUAUUAUGAUCCAAUUUGCUCAUUUACUUAAUCAUUAUUAGCUACCUACCUACCUAUCUAGUCACAACAUUGAGAAAAGAGAACAACAUGUCCUCUGAGCUCGAAAGUCUAGCUGGCUUCGAAGCCACAAUCUUCGGUUAUUUGUACCGGUGGUUUACACCACCGAAACCCUUGCCUCAGGGCACUCAUCUUACGAACCAAGUUGCUAUCGUCACAGGAAGUAAUGUAGGGAUCGGACUUGCAUCAUGUCGACAACUUCUAAAGCUCGGACUAUCCCACCUGAUUAUGGGCGUGCGCUCACAAGCGAAAGGGGAUGAGGCAGCCCGUGAACUACGCAAAGAGUUUCCAACUCUUACCAUAUCGGUUUGGAUUGUUGACAUGGAAUCAUAUGAUUCUGUUCGUGCUUUUGCAGACCAGUGCGCAACCCUGCCGCGCAUCGACAUUGCUAUCUUGAACGCUGGUUUGAUGAAAUCAUCCUAUACUUCAGUGCCGACCUCAAGCAACGAACUCACAGUACAAGUUAAUUACCUCUCUACCUCCCUGCUGGCCAUCUUACUCCUGCCCAUACUUAAGUCGAAGAAGGUCGUCGGCGAAAGGCCACCGGUACUGAGCAUCGUGGGGUCUGACUUGAUAUACCGAGUAGACAUCCAGACUAAAGGUCAUAUACUCCAGCAAUUUGAAAGUCCUAAGACUUAUGACCAGUGGCUCUGGUACGCCAGGUCAAAGCUUCUUCUCACCUUCUUUACCUCCAAGAUUGCGGAGCUUGUCGAUGCAGAUGAUGUCCUUAUAAACAUGCCGAAUCCCGGCACGACUAGGGGCACGGCAUUUUUCCGUGAAUUCUCCACACCUGCAGCAAAGUUGGUAGAUGUGCUUCAAUUCUUCUUUGCGAGAACGCUAGAUGUUGCUGCUACUACGUAUCUCGAUGCAGCUAUUGCUCGAGGUAAGGAAAGUCAUGGAAGUUUUGUCAGCGACUGGGCCAUUAAGCCAUACCCACCGAUCUGGUACACGGCAGAGGGGAAGGAGUUUGGGGAAAGGUUAUGGGAAGAGACAAUGCAGGAGCUGAACUUCGCCGGUGCCUCUAAGAUUAUAGAGGAUAUGAGACCACGGCGAUGAUCAAUGAUCAAUGAUAUUCAUGCUAGG